GCACAAUUGACAGAGCCCAUCGCAGUACCAACACGUAGACAACACGCUUCGCUUCACCCACUCAGAGGGAGUGGGCAUGAGUCAAUCGACCUCAUCCUUAUCAGCGAAGCCCCCACGCAUUUAGUCACAGUGUGCGGUGGACACAAAACCCAUCCAAAUGCAUCCAGCCACCUUCCAGACUGCUUGUCAGGUGGACAGACAGACCCUCUUCACCCAUUGGAUGAACCAGCUACACCAAAUCGCCAGCCACCGUACCUCAUCCCACCACCGUCCCCCUGUCGAUGACGUCACUCUCGAGACCGAAUGGCCGCAGCAGACGGCGGGCGGCACCGACCGACACAGGGUAGCGCUGGGCGGGCGGAUUAGACCCAUCAGCCACAGGUGCCUCGGUCGUGUACAGCUCGACGCGGCCAUCUCCCACCCGCAGAUGGGCAGCGACGGUCUCGCCGGGCCGGAAGCCGCUUACGACCACAUGACGACGCCCUUCGCCCCCACCGCUGCGAUGGUCGACAGCGAUGCCCUGGUCUUCUGUUAUGCCCUCAGUCCUCAGCAGACAGCGAUAGCGAUUAGCACGGCCGAUGCGUGCCGACAGCACCAUCCUGCGGCCUACUCCGGCUUCACGGUCCCACCAGCGGAUCAGCAUGUGGUCCAGGAAUGCCGAGAAUGAGGGGUAGAGAUUGCCGCUCCAGCGGAUGGCGGGGUCAGUCCGCUUGUAGCUCUCAGCAUAGCGAUGGCCGCCCGGCAGUUCACCGAAGGGCACCACACGAAACGUCACAGAAUUGCCGAUGCGAUAGUCCCCGUUGUCAUCGGCUUGCUGCAGCGCCAGGCUGGUCCCUCUGUAUGUGAGCAGGUGGCCGAAGGUCUUGUAGGUGGCCAUGGACAGUGGGAGCUGGUAGAAGGCCGUUGCUGUGGGCAGCGCGUCGGCCGACAGACGGAGAGGCAGGGCCGCAUUGAGAGGGGUCAGUCGGUAGAUGAAGGCCAGCCGAAGGAACCGCCCCAUAGCCCGCCACUCCUCGCCACUGCCCCGCUCUAUCAUAUAGACGAACUUCAAGCCGGCCUCCAGAUCAUCGCCAAUGUCAAAGUCCAACACGUCCGCCAGGCCGAGACGACUGAUGUGCUCAUCCACGCGGCGGCUGGCGUGCCCAAGCAUGACGUCCUCAUCAUCGAGGUCGCUGUCGUUGAUCUGCGAGCGGAGAGCGGCUCGUCUGUUGGGGUCAGAUGACAUUGCCAUUUCGGCCGCCUUGCUGACGGCGAUAUCAAGAAGGUCGGCGGGCUGGAAAAGGGCAGGGCUGGGGGGACGAUAUGAGGGCGCGGCACCGGUGGGCUGCAUCAUCGCUGUGCUGAGGUGUCAACCCGACACGAAGGCACAGUGUUUAAAGCUUUUCCAGGCUUUCUCUGCUUCUCUCUCGCUGCCCUCUUACCUGCAAUCAGCGGUCUUGAGCUGAACGAGCGAU